AUGCCUUCGUCUGUAACAUUAUGUGUGCGGACGGCGAUCAACAUCAACAAGACGUCGCCCAGGGCCAGACUUUUCGCCCGCACAUUCGCUUCCAGUAGUCGACGCAAUGAGAUCAACAAGGUCGUCGCUUCGCCGGAAGAGGCAUGCAGGGACAUGAAGUCCGACAGCACAUUGUUGUGCGGCGGGUUUGGACUCUGCGGUGUACCAGACACUCUCAUCAACACGGUAGAGAAGAUGCCACACCUCACCGGCUUGACAGCUGUGUCGAACAACGCAGGCGUCCCAGGAUUAGGUCUCGGCAAGCUACUGGCAUCGAAGCAGAUCAAGAAGAUGAUAGCGAGUUAUGUGGGCGAGAAUAAAGUCUUCGAGCAGAUGUACCUCAAUGGCGAGAUCGAGCUGGAGCUCACACCGCAGGGUACACUGGCUGAACGAUGCAGAGCUGGCGGCGCAGGCGUACCAGCUUUCUACACUCCUGCCGCUUUUGGGACGGUUGUGCAGACUGGUGAGCUUCCUCUACUUCACAACAGCGAUGGCUCGGUGAAGCAGUACUCGCAACCUCGAGAUGUCAAGGUCUUCAAGGGCAAGAGCUAUGUUAUGGAGGUGGCUAUCGAUGGAGACUAUGCCUUCGUGAAGGCCUGGAAGGCAGAUAAGCUCGGCAAUGCCAUGUUUCGGUUCGCUGCUGCCAACUUCAACGGUGCUAUGGGUCGCAACGCCAAGACCACCAUCGUCGAGGCCGAGCACAUUGUUGAGCCUGGCGAGAUCGAUCCCGCAGCUGUUCAUCUCCCAGGCAUCUACGUCACAAAAGUCAUCCAGAGCACGGCAGAGAAGGGUAUCGAGAAGGUCGUCAAUGCGAAAAGUCCAGAAGAGCAGAAGGCUGGUGCAUUGGGAUCCGGCGAGACUGCAAACAAGCGCGAACGCAUUGUCAGACGUGCGGCGAAAGAGUUCAAGAAUGGAAUGUAUGCCAACCUAGGUAUUGGAAUGCCUAUGUUGGCACCCACCUUCGUUGACCCGUCUGUCGACGUGCAGCUGCAGAGCGAGAACGGUAUCCUCGGUCUUGGUCCAUACCCACAGAAAGGCCACGAGGACCCUGAUCUUAUCAACGCCGGCAAAGAGACAGUCACACUACGACCUGGCGCCGCUUGCUUCGGCAGCGAUGAGAGCUUCGGCAUGAUCAGAUCUGGUCGUAUCGACCUCACCAUCCUUGGUGCUAUGCAGGUUUCUGCCAAAGGUGACUUGGCAAAUUGGGCUCUUCCUAGCAGAAUAAAGGGCAUGGGCGGUGCUAUGGAUCUUGUCUCUCAACCUGAUAAGACGAAGGUCGUGGUGACGAUGGAGCACACUGAUAAGAAGGGUCGACCGAAGAUUCUCAACCAGUGCCAGUUCCCCUUGACUGGACGAUCGUGCGUCUCGUUGAUUAUUACGGAGCUCGCUGUGUUCGAGGUCGACUUCACAAAUGGGCUAACAUUAAUUGAGCAUGCUGAGGGUGUCACUGUCGACGACAUCAAAGCGAAAACUGAGGCGCCAUUCACGGUCUCGGAGAACUUGAAAGUUAUGCAGCAAUAG